CCACGCCAAAAAAAUUCUACCGAGUUCCGGAAGCUUCUAUUUUAUCUCUUGACGGCAGACGAGACUUCCAUUCAUCCAAUAUGGCGGUUGUUGAUGCUCUUCUUGUAGUCCUGGCGACGUCGCUUUUGGUGCAGUAUGGUGCAUCCAUAACGUUGGAUGACUGCCCUGCUGCCCUUGCAAGAGACAGGUACCUGCAGGUGCACGGCGACCUGUGUUACGAGUUUGUGGUCUACCGCCAGGUCGCCCACGCAGAAGCCGAGUCGGACUGUGAGAAAAACGGCGGGACGCUGGUGCUGAUCAAAUCAGCCGAGACCCAGGACUACGUCACCCACCAGCUGACAGACGUGUACAGGGAGCACCACUCUGUCUGGAUCGGCCUCGAUGACAUACUGACCGAGAACACGUACCUGUGGGAGGACGGGACGCCCGUCACCUACAGCCACUGGGCCAGCGGUAACGGACCCGAUGCGUCCGGUCUUCUCCACAACCUCCAGCACGACAGAAAGGACUGCGUGGCUCUGGACGCCAGGGACGGGGGGAAAUGGAAGGAGUUCUCGUGCGAGUCCACUAACUUCCUGGUCAUACUCUCCACCAACGAGAGACACAGCUACGUCUGCCAGUACCUCCCCGGGGCGCAGGUGACCGUAGCAGCGACCGAGUCCACGCUUCUGACCCACACCCUGCCCGCGGGGACCACGAUGUCCUCCAUCACCCACCCCUGUCCACCCAUGUCCUGCAACAUCCACUGCAGUGUCUAUAAAAAGGACCCCGUGACUGGUUGUGUGGUGUGUGAAUGUGAGGCAUAAAUCAAUCUCUGUUGAUUACCUGUCUUUUUUUAAAAAUAAAUUGAGCUGUUAUUUUA